UUGUAAUCAGCCACACCGCCAGGCACACGCUGUGGACACGCGCCGGAUCCCCAGUGGUUCCUCUUAAGUCUCUGUUCGGUGGUAUCUGGACGGCGUUGCCGAGAUCGGUUGGUCGGAGUCAUGGCUGCAAAAGAGGUGCCGUGGAGGCGCCUGACGGGGUUGUCGUUUGGGAUGUAUACGGAUGCAGAGAUACGGAAACUGAGUAUAAAAUCUAUAACCAAUCCUCUUUUUCUUGAUAAUGCGGGUACUCCAUCUCCAAAUGGACUAUAUGAUUUGGCUUUGGGUCCACUUGACAACAAGGAAGUUUGUGUUACUUGCAUGCAAGACUUCAACAAUUGUCCUGGUCAUCUAGGUCACAUAGAACUACCCCUCACUGUUUAUAAUCCUCUCUUUUUUGAUAAAUUAUUCCUUCUGAUGCGAGGUUCCUGUUUGAAUUGUUGCCAUCUAACAUGUCCACGAGCUGCAAUUCAUUUAUUACUAAAUCAGCUAACGCUACUAGAAAUAGGACUGAUUCAAGAGGUCCAUGAUCUUGAAGCAUUCCUGAGUAGGUUUUUAGAUGAAAGCUCAGAUGCAAUUGGUACUGAAAUUGAAGAAGUAUUAAGUUGCCACACAAAGGAUAUGCUCCAAAAUAAUCAGUUUAGAGACUACAAUGCACAUGUUAAAAAUGUAUGUGAAUGUAGAAGUAAACUUAUCUCUCAAUUUUGGAAAUUACACAUGACCUCAAAGAAAUGUCCAAACUGCAAAGCAGGAAGAUCACUUAUUCGUAAAGAACAUAACAGCAAGUUGACUGUAACUUAUCCCACUGUCGUAACUCAGAAGUCAGGCAAACAGAAAGUAGUGGAGGAAGUAGCAACUAUAGAUGAAACUCAGCUGGGAAAACGAGGCUACAUGACACCUUUGACUGCCAAACAACACAUUGAAGUUUUGUGGAAGAAUGAGGGGUUUUUCCUUUGCAAGCUUUUCUCUGGGAUGACAGUCACUGGUGAUUUAACUUUCAAUCCUGAAAUGUUUUUCCUAAAUAAACUUGUUGUACCACCUUCCAGAUAUCGUCCGGUGAAUUGUGUUGGAGAUCAGAUGUUUGCAAAUGGCCAAACAGUGAAUUUACAAGCUGUUAUGAAGGAUGCUCUCCUCAUUCGGAAACUUCUGGCUUUCAUUGCUCAAGAACAAAGUCAGCCGUUACAGAUAGAAAAUGGAGAUCUCAAGACAAUAAUAGACCAGCCCUUGGAACCUCUAGACCAUUCUGUCUUGGCAACAAUUCCUGGACAGACUACUGCAGAUAAGCUUUAUAACAGUUGGAUUCGUCUUCAAAGCCAUGUGAAUAUUUUGUUUGAUAGUGACAUGGAUAAACUAAUAUCUGAAAAAUACCCUGGUGUACGUCAGAUACUUGAAAAAAAGAAUGGCCUAUUUCGUAAACAUAUGAUGGGAAAGAGAGUGGAUUAUGCUGCCCGAUCAGUCAUUUGCCCUGACAUGUACAUUCAGACCAAUGAAAUUGGCAUUCCUAUGGUAUUUGCUACCAGAUUGACCUAUCCUCAACCCGUCACUCCUUGGAAUGUCCAAGAAUUGAGGCAAGCAGUUAUAAAGGGGCCAAAUGAGCAUCCUGGGGCUUCCAUGAUUAUCAACGAAGAUGGAUCUCGCACAAUAUUGAGUACAACUAGCCAGACUCAGAGGGAAGCCAUAGCUAAGCAACUCUUAACCCCUUCUACUGGAGCACCAAAACCAGGGAUAAAAAUUGUGUGCCGCCAUAUUAAGAAUGGUGAUAUCCUUCUGCUGAACCGACAACCCACUCUUCAUAGACCCUCCAUCCAAGCCCAUCGAGCAAGAAUCCUGCCUGGAGAGAAAGUUUUGAGGCUUCACUAUGCCAACUGCAAAGCCUAUAAUGCUGAUUUUGAUGGUGAUGAGAUGAAUGCUCAUUUUCCUCAAAAUGAGCUGGGCCGAGCUGAAGCCUAUGUAUUGGCCUGUACAGAUGAACAGUAUCUGGUUCCUAAGGAUGGGAAACCAUUGGCAGGAUUGAUUCAAGACCAUAUGGUGUCUGGUACUAGCAUGACCACUCGAGGCUGUUUCUUCACUAGAGAACAGUAUGUUGAGCUGGUGUAUCAAGGGCUGAUGGACAAAAAGGGAAAAGUAAAGCUGCUAUCUCCAGCCAUUGUAAAGCCACAAUGCUUAUGGACAGGAAAGCAGGUUGUUUCUACUUUGUUAUUAAAUGUAAUUCCAGAAGGUCACUUUCCACUAAAUCUGUCUGGGAAAGCUAAGAUCAGCGGAAAAGCCUGGACAAUAGCAUCUGCCUGUAGAAUUCAUAGAUCAGAUCUUGACUCUAUGUGUGAAUCUCAGAUUCUUAUUAGAAAUGGAGAACUGCUCUGUGGGGUCUUGGAUAAAGCUCAGUAUGGGAGCUCUGCCUAUGGUUUAGUCCACUGCUGCCAUGAGGUUUAUGGGGGUGAGACUAGUGGAAAGUUGCUAACAGCUCUGGCUAGAAUCUUCACUGCCUACCUACAGUUCUACAGGGGUUUUACAAUGGGAGUUGAGGAUAUUUUGGUCAAAUAUAAGGCAGACCAGAAGAGGUGCAACGUCAUUAAGGAAAGUACCAACUGUGGUAUAAAGGCUGUUAGAGCUGCAUUUAACCUAUCCCAAACCUCUUCUUGUGAGGAACUUCGAAGUAAAUGGCAGGAUGCCCAUCUUCAGAAAGAUCAAAGAGAUUUUAACAUGAUUGAUUUAAAGUUCAAAGAAGAAGUCAACUGUUGCAGCAAUGAGAUCAACAAGGUGUGCAUGCCUCUUGGACUUCACCGAAGUUUCCCAGACAAUAAUUUGCAGCUGAUGGUACAGUCAGGAGCCAAAGGUUCUACUGUGAAUACCAUGCAGAUUUCUUGCUUGCUGGGCCAGAUUGAAUUAGAAGGCCGAAGGCCUCCUUUGAUGGCAUCUGGAAAAUCAUUGCCAUGUUUCCAGCCUUAUGACUUUUCUCCCAAAUCAGGAGGAUUUGUAGCUAGUAGAUUUCUUACUGGCAUCAAGCCUUCAGAAUUCUUCUUCCAUUGUAUGGCUGGUAGGGAAGGUUUAGUGGAUACUGCAGUUAAAACCAGCCGAUCAGGAUACCUUCAAAGGUGUAUCAUAAAACAUUUAGAAGGGCUGAUUGUUCAUUAUGACAUGACUGUACGAGAUAGUGAUGGCAGUGUGGUUCAGUUUCUAUAUGGAGAAGAUGGAUUGGAUAUCCCUAAGACACAGUUCUUGCAACCCAAGCAAUUUCCUUUCAUUGCAGAUAAUCACAAGGUGAUAUGGAAAUCUAAGCAUUUAGAUGAAGUUAUGCCAAAAAUGAAUCCUCAGCAAGCAUCUAAACAGUUUAAAUUAAUCAAGAGAUGGCAAGCGAAGCAUCAACAGUCUUUGAGAAGGAAAGGAGGCUUUUUGCUGUUUUCGCAAGAAAUGUUGGCUUAUAUAAAAGCUGAGAUGUCUACAGGAGGAUCACUUGUAUAUGGCCGAGAUCCUGCAGCUGUUAAGCUGUUAAAUAUGUGGUAUGAACUGAAUGAAAAAACCCGGAGGAAGUAUCAAAAGAGGGCAGCAAGAUGUCCUGAUCCUAGCCUUUCAAACUGGCGGCCAGAUAUUUAUUUUGCAUCAGUGUCUGAAACAUUUGAAAAUGAAGUUAAGAAUUUCCUUGGAGAGUGGGAUGCUCAGAAUAGGCUUAACUAUAGCAAAUCGGAACUUUCUUUACAGAGAUUACAGGAGCUUCUCUGUUUAAAAUGGCAACAAUCACUCUGUGAUCCUGGAGAAGCUGUGGGACUUCUUGCUGCUCAGAGUAUUGGAGAACCGUCCACCCAGAUGACCCUGAAUACCUUUCACUUUGCUGGAAGAGGUGAAAUGAAUGUUACCCUUGGUAUCCCAAGGUUGCGGGAAAUUCUGAUGGUAGCUAGUGCUAAUAUCAAAACUCCCAUGAUGAGCAUUCCUGUUCUUAAUACCAAGAAAGCUCAAAAAAGGGUGAAAAGGCUCAAGAAAAAGCUUAGCAGAGUGUGCUUAGGUGAGGUGUUACACAAAGUUGAUAUUGAAGAAACUUUGUGUUUGGAAGGGACAUUAAGCAAGCAUCGCAUCUACACCAUCAGGUUUAGUUUUUUGCCUUAUAAAUGCUAUCAAGAAGAAAAAUGUGUGAAGCCAAGGGACAUCUUACAUUUUAUGGAGACGAGAUUUUUUAAAAUGUUGCUGGAAACAAUUAAAAGGAAGAGUUUAAAAUUGGCAUCUUAUAACACUGUCAGCACUCGAAAAGCAAUUCAGAAAGAUUUAGAAGAUGAGGAAGAAAUUGGUGCUUCACAGGAAGACCAGAAUGAUAAUGAAGCUGAAACUGAAGAAGACAGAUUUCCUGAUAGUGGAAUGACUGAAGGUGAUGCUGAUGCUACAGAUACAAAAAGAAAGGAAAAUCAAGAAGAAGAGGUUGAUUAUGAGAGUGAGGAAGAUCAUGAAAUGGGUGAUGAUGACGAUAUUCCAGAUCGGGAAAUGACUGCACCGGAUGAACAAAAUCCUGAGGCAUUGGAAACUCAGGAUAAGCUUUAUUCUUCUUCUUCUUCUAGUCAAACAGCUCGAAGCAAGAGAAAACGAUGGAAUGAAAUGGCACAGCAUAGAAUUAAUGCUGUACUGGAAAGCCAUGAUGCUAUAGAAAAAUAUGCAUAUGACAUUGAUAAUGAACUGUGGUGUGAGGUUUCACUAAAGCUUUCUCUGACGAAGGAGUACUUUGAUCUUGCAUCACUUGUUACAUCUCUGGCAAAUAGCACUGUCAUCCAGGAGACAAUGGGAAUAACACGAUGUCUCUUAAAUGAAACCAGCAACAAGAAUGGAGAAGUGGUGCUCACUUUGCAAACAGAAGGGAUAAAUCUUCCUGAGCUUUUCUACUAUUCUGAUAUUUUUGAUAUGAAUAAACUUUAUUGCAAUGAUAUUCAUGCAAUGGCCAACACCUAUGGGAUUGAAGCUGCUUUGAAAAUUCUUGAGAGAGAGAUUAAAGAUGUGUUUGCUGCAUAUGGAAUUGUGGUUGAUCCUCGACAUCUCUCCUUGGUGUCAGACUACAUGUGCUUUGAAGGUGUUUACAAACCUUUGAAUCGGUAUGGAAUGCAGUCCAAUUCAUCCCCCUUGCAACAAAUGACUUUUGAGACAAGCUACAAGUUUUUGAAAGAAGCAACUAUGUUGGGAUCCCAUGAUGAACUUCUGUCUCCUUCUGCUUGCCUGGUGGUAGGAAAAGUCGUCAAGGGAGGAACUGGCUUAUUUGAUCUUAAGCAACCUCUAAAAUAAGAUGUUUUUUUUUUAAAAAAAAAAAAACCUUGAUUUUAUUGCAAAGAAUAAAUUUGCUGCUAUUCAUUUUAUAUUUUAUUUUUUUAGUGUUGGUUGUCUGAAAGUAUCAUCAAUUAAUCUUUCUAAUUUAAUAAUUACCUGCAUCUUUGGAUUUUCAGGGAUUAUAUUUAAUAAUAAAUAUGGUAUGUUCAUCCUUUAA